AUGACGAAGAAGCAGCGCAGGGAGGCUGGCGCCAGGCGGCAGCAGCAGGCCCGCCAGCGGCUGCGGCCGCCGCCGCUGCUGCAAGCGCGCGACGAGCGCUCCGUCUCAUGCACCACCUUCAACAUCCUCGCGCCGAUCUACAAGCGCAUGGAUUCUGAGAAUGGCAGGGAGAGCCAGAACAGGGCCAACUGGUUUAGCAGGAAUGAGAAAAUCAUCGACCGCCUCCUCGGCGAUCGCUCCUCCAUCAUCUGCCUCCAGGAGGUGUGGUUGGGGAAUGAUGAGCUAGUAAACAUGUACGAGAAGCGGCUCGGUGAUGCAAAUUAUACGCUGUUCAAGCUAGCCCGCACAAAUAACCGCGGAGAUGGUCUUCUAACUGCUGUACAUAGGAAUUACUUCUGUGUCUUGAACCACCGGGAGCUUCUUUUCAAUGAUUUUGGAGAUCGAGUUGCUCAGCUAUUGCAUGUUGAGUCAGCCAUACCUUUCUUGCAAAAUCGGAGCAGCAGCUAUGUCCAGCAGCAGAGCCUCAUCGUGAACACUCAUUUGGUGUUUCCCCACGAUCACAGCCUUUCAAUAGUUCGACUGAAGCAGGUAUAUAAGAUCCUUCAGUACAUAGAAGCUUACCAGGAAGAGCAUAAACUUGGUCCAAUGCCUAUCAUCUUAUGUGGUGAUUGGAAUGGAAGUAAGCGCGGCCAAGUUUACAAAUUUCUUCGUUCACAAGGAUUUGUUUCAUCAUAUGACACUGCUCAUCAGUACAGUGACAGCGAAGAAGAUGCACACAAGUGGGUGAGUCAUCGGAAUCAUAGAGGGAACAUCUGUGGAGUUGAUUUUAUAUGGCUUCUGAAUCCAGACAAGUGCAGGAAGCCCCUGAAAACUAGCUGGAAUGAAGCUGUCUUUGGUAUUAUCAAGUAUCUUCUUCUCCAAGUUGCAUCCCUUCCGGAGGAGAAUGCAUUUGCACUUCUCAAAGCUGACAGUUCAGAUGAUCGUAUCACAUAUUCAAGCUUCUGCCAGGCACUUUGUCAGUUAGGAAUGGUCCACCCCGAUCGUGUAAAUUCUGAAGAAAUGGAAGAUCUAUGGAGUGAAGUUGACCACGAUGGGAAUGGUGCUGUUGACUACAAAGAAUUUCAGCGGUGUAUCUGGAGCCCAAAAUGCCACAACCAAGAAGAGGAGGAUGAUACUGAAAUCGACGUCGCUGAAGGAAGCAUCGUCACAUUUGAGCCGAACGACGAGACCUUUGGCUUCACUGUGAAGGAAGCUGUUCUGUUCCCCCCAGAAGUUGAGAAGGGCAUGUGGCCUGAGAACUACAGCCUCUCAGAUCACGCGCCCCUUACUGUGGUGUUCUCCCCUGUAAGAAUGCCUUGCUCUCCACGCACUCCUCAGCACCCCUAG